AUGACUGAUUCUGAAAGUGAUAAGUCAACGGUUGCAACCACAACGCCCGCUGCUGGCGAAGUGGCGUUGGUUGAUAUUCCCAUUCUAUUGGACUAUAUAAAACAUGAAUUCAUUGGUGCAGGGAGUGCGGCAUUAAAGGAAGCUCUUUCACAGAGUGGAAAUGCGGAAUGUGUGCAAAAAUUCAUCAGUGAUCCACAAGUACAGAUGUUGGUUGUUGAUCGGGUCGUUACAAGAGAUACAAAUCCAGAUGAUGCUGUUGAGGAUGUUACUUCAGUAUUUCGCAUUUCCAAUGAAAUCGCUAAACGUACCGAACGAACAACAUCUUUAUUGCUGCUAAAAAGUGGCACGUAUGUUGAAGCUGACAAACCAAUCGAAGAUCAGUUGUAUGUUAUAAGAAUACCAGAAGGUAAUUCUUAUGAUGUACUUCUGUCGAUUUUUGGGCGCAUUGGAACGCCACUUUUCAAAUCUUUAGUUGAUUAUGGUCGAGGUGAGCGAGAUGGUGACAAGCUCGCAUUGUCUGUUGAGAAACACUUGAGUGAAGUGGAGGUGGCAUUACUCCACAUGCAGCAAAAUAUAGACAUACCAGAAAUUAAUUUGACUAUUCAUCCAGUGAUUCAAAAUGCUAUUCAGCAAGCUGCAGAAAAAGGACAUAAAGCUCGAGUAACUGAUCUUGGCGGUCUAGUCGAAAGUUCAGUUUUUUUGAAUGCUUUACAGAAAGGCGUCAAUCGAUGGGUUAAAGAAAUUCAGAAGGUGACAAAACUGGAUCGCGACGCGGGCUCAGGAACUUCGCUGCAAGAAAUGACAUUUUGGUUGAAUUUGGAAAGAGCUUUGCAAAAGAUUGCGCAGAAGAGAGAAUCUGAUGAAGUAACUCUGACAUUAGAAACUUUGAAAUGUGGCAAGAGAUUUCAUGCAACAGUAUCAUUCGAUGCCGAUACAGGUCUUAAGCAGACGUUAGCAAUGGUGAAUGAUUACAACGUGCUGAUGAAGGAUUUGCCUUUGAAUGAACUGAUGGCUGCUACAAAUAUGGAUGGCAUUAAAAAUGCUUUAGCGAAUAUAUUUACACAUAUGAGAAAAUUGCGCAAUACAAAAUAUCCAAUUGCUCGAGCUCUGCGCUUUGUGGAAGCUAUUUCAAAGGAUGUUUUAACUCAAAUGUUAAAGACGCUUGGUACUAGACGGUUGAUGAAUAUUCCUUUGGGAGAUUUUGAUAGUUUAAUGGCGCAAUGUUUCGCUGUUUUUUCUAUAUGGAAUGAUGAAUAUGAUAAACUAGCAACUUUAAUGCGUGAUUUGUCGAAGAAAAAGCGUGAUGAACAACUCAAGUUAACUUGGCGACUUAAUCCUCAGCACAAAAAAUUAGAAAGCCGCCUAGACCAGAUGCGACUGUUUCGUCGACAACAUGAGCAGUUACGUACAGUUAUAUCACGGGUGUUGAGGCCAGUGGGACAGAAGGGAGAGAAGCGAUCUGAUUCGGAUGUUGAAAAAACAUCGACCUUAAUUGCUCCGGAGUUAAGUGCUAUCGAGCAAGUGAACACAGCAUAUGAAAAUGUUAAGGAGGUUGAUUGUUUGGAUGUAAGUAAUGAUGGUACUAUUGCAUGGGAAGCUGCUAUACGUAGAUAUGAAGAUCAAAUUGAUCGCGUUGAAACUCAAAUUACUGCCAAAUUACGGGAUCAGUUGGGUGGUGCUAGAAAUGCUGAUGAAAUGUUUAUGAUUUUCCAACGAUUCAAUGCUCUUUUUGUUCGACCACAUAUCCGUGGUGCAAUACGAGAAUAUCAGACACAACUGAUACAGAGAGUCAAAGAGGAUAUAGAUAAAUUACAGACACGAUUUAAAAAUUUCAAUGAAGCAGAUAAUGCAAGAAUAUUGCGAGCCAUUGAUAUACCACCCGUUGCUGCAUCGAUUCUUUGGAUUCGUCAAAUCGAUAGUAAACUGACACAGUAUAUGAAACGCAUCGAAGAUGUUUUGGGCAGGGGAUGGGAAAAUCAUGUCGAGGGUCGACAGUUAAAACUAGAAGGCGACAAUUUUCGGCAAAAACUGAAUACGCAGCAUAUUUUUGAUGAUUGGGUUUCACGUGUGCAGGCUAAAAAUAUUUCCCUAACUGGACGAAUUUUUAUUAUUGAGAAACGUCAGAAAGAUGGGAAAAUUGCGUUGAAUUUGAAAGUGAAUUUCUCGAGUGAUGUCGUCACUUUGUUCAAAGAGGUGCGGAAUAUGAAACAUAUGGGCUUUCGGAUCCCGUUAAAGAUCGUUAAUACAGCCCAUCAGGCAAAUCUUUUAUAUCCAUUUGCAAUUUCACUAUUGGAAUCUAUUCGCACUUAUGAUUCAAUAAAUGAACGAAUAGCAAAUAAACCUGGAGUAAACAUGCUGAUUGUAGCUUACAAGAAAGAUAUACAAGGACAACUAGCUGAGGGUAAUUCACUUACAUGGGAAUCGUAUAAAAUGGACCCUUAUGUUGUCAAGCUUUCAUCUUCAAUCAACAAUUUCCAGGAAAAAGUAGAGGAAUUGGAUAUACUUCUCGACAGGAUUGAGGUCGACCUUGCUGCUCUGGAUACAUGUCAUUACACAUCAGUAACAAUUGGUACUUUACUUGACUCGAUACAAAAAGCAGUUGAUCAACUAUCUUUAGGCAAUUUCUCCAAUUUGCAUCAUUGGGUUAACUCGACAGACGCAAAGAUUGCUAAGAAAUUGGCAUCUCGCGUUGAAGAAGCAAUUCAUCUUUGGACUGUUGUACUUGCUAACGAUGAUUUCGAAGAUGAAAGUGAUGAAAAAGGUACUUUGCCCGUUCUUCAACCAAUCGUUCUGGAAAUGCGAGUUACAUCACAAGUGAUGUAUGUCAGUCCAAGCAUUGAACAAGCGCGAGCUCAUUUGCUGGACCAGCUGUUUGCAUGGCAGUCUGUAAUCACGAACCAGCCACGCAUUUCUAGCACGCGAUUUCAGUUAACUCUUACAAAGGACAGCACGGAAGCUACCUAUCGUGACGUGUUAGCGUAUCUUCCACAAGGCCAAAAAAUUAUUGAGCAAGCGUAUUAUGCAGUUGAGAAAGUUAUGAAAGAAGUGACUGAUUAUGUUGGCGAGUGGUUACGAUAUCAGGCUCUUUGGGACUUGCAACCUGAUGUUUUAUAUGAAAGACUUGGGAGUGACGUAUCGAAAUGGAUGAAAACACUGAUUGAAAUUCGAAAGUCAAGAGCAACAUUCGAUACCCAAGAAACGAGAAAAGAGAUUUUUCCGGUGGUUAUUGACUACACUAAAGUUCAGUCAAAGGUUUCUCUGAAAUACGAUUAUUGGCAUCGUGAAAUCCUGCAGAAAUUCGGUUCCUCUGUUGGUCAGGAGAUGCAAGCAUUCUUCUCAGACAUAUCAAAAUGGCGUAAUGAACUCGAAGAGCAAAGCGUUGACAGCGGUACAACAACGGAUGCUAUCCAACUUAUAACAUAUGUUCAGCAGUUGAAGAAGAAAACAAAGAUUUGUCAAGAUAAAGUUGAACAAUUUCGAGCUGCACAACGCUUGCUCACUCAGCAACGUUAUCAGUUUCCGAUUUCAUGGUUGUAUUCAGAAAAUGUUGAUGGUGAAUGGUCGGCUUUGAGCGACAUUUUGGAACGAAAGGAUUCUGCCAUUCAAGCACAAGUUGCUAACCUGCAGACCAAAAUCAAAGAGGAAGAUGAAAUAGUGGAAAAACGAACACAGGAUGUCCUUGCGGAUUGGGAUAAAUGUAAACCAGUUCAGGGAACACAGAGACCCACUGAAGCACUACUCGCGCUAGCAACUUUCGAGGCGAAAUUGAGUAAGGUGAAAGAAGAUAGAGCAAAUAUGAUAAAAGCAAAAGGUGCACUAGAAAUGGUUGAACCAGUUUUCACUGGGGGUCACGCUGCAAAAUUAGAUAUUGCCGUGGAAGAAUUGUCAGAUCUAAAAGGUGUAUGGCAGUCGUUGAUGCCCAUGUACGAUGCCGUUGAUGAGCUAAAAGAGAAAACAUGGUUAUCAGUGCAACCUCGCAAGCUGCGGCAAAGUUUAGACGAUCUGCUUGCUCAGCUGAAACAGUUACCCGCCAAAUAUCGUUCUUAUGAUUCUUACGAAUAUGCUAAGCGAAUGCUUCACAAUUAUUCCAAGAUGAAUAUGACUAUUGUUGAGUUGAAAUCCGAUGCAUUGAAAGAGCGCCACUGGAAGCAGUUAAUGAAAGAACUCCGUGUUUCUUGGAAUCUAUCAGAGUUAACCUUGGGACAAGUGUGGGAUGCUGAUCUACUGCGUUAUGAAUCAGCUAUUAAACAAGUGUUACUAGUAGCUCAAGGUGAACUUGCUUUGGAAGAGUUCUUGAAACAGGUACGCGAGUACUGGCAGUCAUUUGAAGUUGAUCUUGUGAAUUAUCAAAAUAAAACAAAGCUUAUCCGCGGUUGGGACGAUUUGUUCAGUAAAUUGAAGGAGCAUAUGAAUUCGCUUACUGCUAUGAAGCUAUCACCCUAUUACAAACAGUUUGAGGAAGAUGCAUUGGCAUGGGAAGAGAAACUAAAUAAAAUAAGCGCACUAUUCGAUGUCUGGAUCGAUGUGCAGCGUCGUUGGGUGUAUCUGGAUGGAUUGUUUUCAGCAUCAGCUGAUAUUAAUACCCUUUUGCCGGUGGAAUCAAGUAGAUUUUCUAGUAUUUCCACUGAAUUUUUGGCACUAAUGAAAAAAGUGACAUCGACCUCCCGGAUUCUGGACAUAGCAAAUAUGCAAGGAGCACAGCGUCUUUUGGAACGUCUAGCUGAUAUGCUUGCUAAAAUUCAAAAGGCUUUGGGUGAAUAUCUGGAGCGUGAACGAAACUCCUUCCCACGGUUUUAUUUUGUUGGUGAUGAAGAUUUACUCGAAAUUAUGGGUAAUAGCAAGGACAUCACAAGGGUUCAAAAGCAUUUGAAGAAAAUGUUUGCUGGUAUCGCAGCAGUCGAUGUGGAAGAGGAUAAUACUCUCAUAACGGCCAUGAGCAGUCGGGAAGGAGAAAGAGUACGGUUAAUGAAACCUGUUAAUGUGAAAGAAAGUCCUCGUAUCAACGACUGGCUGCGUAUGAUUGAAUGUGAAAUGAGAAAUACACUGGCACAUUUGCUAAAUCAAUCAUUGUCGAUAUUUUCUAAAUUUGAUAUGAAUUCAGUUGGAGCAGAAGAAUACAUAGCUUGGCUUGAUCAGUUUCCGGCACAAAUUAUUGAGCUAACAGCUAAUAUUUGGUGGUGUUCUAACAUUGAAAAGCAUUUCGCUGAAGGAAAAACUGUAGAAGUUGUCGAAGAUAUUGUGGACAAGACAUUGUCAUUGCUGGCAGAUAGUGUACUGAGUGAACAACCUGCUAUUCGACGGAAGAAAAUUGAAGCAUUGAUAACUGAAUUUGUACACAAAAGGGAUAUUUGUCGGUGUUUAAUCCAGAAUAAAGUUGUUUCUAUCACAAGUUUUUAUUGGUCCAGAUGUAUGCGCUUCUAUUUUGAUCCUCGGAAAUUGGAUCCUGAUUCGUGUUGCUUCAUGAAAAUGGCUGAUGCUUAUUUUCCAUACGGUUUUGAAUACUUGGGUCUUCAGGAAAAGCUUGUUCAGACUCCUUUAACAGAUCGUUGCUACUUGACAAUGACACAGGCUUUAAAUUCAAGAUUGGGUGGCAGUCCAUUCGGGCCUGCUGGUACUGGUAAAACUGAAAGUGUUAAAGCAUUAGGCCAUAAAAUUGGUCGUUUUGUGCUCGUAUUCAACUGUGAUGAAACAUUUGAUUUUCAGGCAAUGGGACGAAUUUUAGUAGGUUUAUGUCAAGUAGGUGCGUGGGGUUGUUUCGAUGAAUUUAAUCGUCUUGAAGAGCGUAUGUUAUCAGCUGUUAGUCAGCAAAUUCAAACUAUUCAGGAAGCUGUUCGGACUGGUGGACAAAUGCAGGUUGACUUGGUUGGAAAAACAUUGUCAGUAAAUUCAAAUAUGGCGAUAUUCAUUACCAUGAAUCCAGGUUAUUCAGGUCGUUCUAAUUUACCGGAUAACUUGAAGCAGCUUUUCCGUUCGCUGGCCAUGACACAGCCAGAUCGGCAACUUAUUGCGCAAGUGAUGCUUUUCUCACAAGGAUUCAGAACGGCUGAAAAGCUUGCAAAAAAAAUUGUUCCUCUCUUCAUAUUGUGUAAAGAGCAAUUAUCGGACCAAUGCCAUUACGAUUUCGGUCUUCGGGCCUUGAAAUAUGUACUUGUGAGUGCUGGUAACAUUAAGCGAGAUGAAAUUCAACGUAUGAUCCAAAGCCGCAGCGAUAUUAAUGAAAGUGAUAUUUCAAGUGAAAUAUCCGAACAACAAAUCCUGAUACAAUCUGUAUGCGAAACACUAGUACCAAAGCUCAUAUCAGAUGAUAUAGCCCUGCUGUUUUCUCUACUUUCAGAUGUUUUCCCUUCGAUACAAUUCAAACCCAGCCAGAUGGAUGGACUUCGAAGUGAAAUUGCGAAAGUGUGCGACCAACUACUUCUUUGCCAAUCACCAAUACCUGGUGAACUCGGUUCGGCUUGGCUAGAAAAAGUACUACAGCUAUAUCAGAUUACGAAUUUGAAUCACGGUUUAAUGCUUGUUGGUGCCAGUGGUAGCGGUAAAACAACCGCAUGGAAAGUGUUGCUUAAAGCACUAGAACGCCUUGAGGGAGUGGAAGGUGUUGCAUAUGUUAUCGAUGCCAAGGCGAUGAGCAAAGAUGCUUUAUAUGGUGUUCUUGAUCCGAAUACACGUGAAUGGACUGACGGUCUUUUCACGCAUAUUAUUCGUAGAAUUAUUGAUAAUGUGAGGGGUGAAACAUCAAAACGGCAGUGGAUAAUAUUCGAUGGUGAUGUUGAUCCUGAAUGGGUUGAAAAUUUAAAUUCUGUACUUGAUGAUAACAAGUUGCUAACACUACCGAACGGUGAACGUCUUGGAAUACCAUCAAAUGUCCGUAUCAUUUUCGAAGUUGCGGAUUUGAAAUAUGCCACGUUGGCAACAGUAUCUCGCUGUGGUAUGGUUUGGUUUGGCGAGGAAAUGAUUACAUGUGAAAUGUUAUUCGAUAAUUUCUUGAAACGUUUGAGGAACAUUCGUCUUGAUAUUGAACACUCAGUUGAUCUACUGUCUUUGAAUGUCGGAUCAGAAGAAGGCGCAAUAACACCGGAAGCUGAACGAGUAAUAAACUUGCAACGAAAAUGUGCGCAUUAUUUAGCACAGCAUAUGAAUGCUGACGCGCUUGUUCCAUUGACUUUGAAGUAUGCGCUAACAGAACUUGAUCAUAUCAUGGUACCAUCCCAGCAAAGAAUGAUGUCUUCAUUCUUUUCGAUGAUGAAUUACACUGUUCGACAACUCAUCAAUUACGACAAUGCUCAUCCUGACUUCCCUAUGCCGGAUGAUCAGAUUGAGGCUUAUAUAUCACGUGCUAUGCUUGUAAACAUGGUUUGGGCAUUUGGUGGUGAUAGCAAAUGGAAGUCUCGUCAGCAAUUAAGCGAUUUCAUACGUCAGUCGUCCACUCUUCCGUUGCCACCAAAUACUGCUUUACCAAUCAUUGACUAUGAAGCAGCAUUCUCGGGUGAAUGGGUACAGUGGGUCUCUAAAGUGCCACAGAUGGAAGUGGAAACACACCGCGUUGCUGCUGCUGAUUUGGUUAUACCUACAGUGGAUACUGUAAGACACGAAAUGCUUCUGAAUACCUGGCUUUCGGAGCAUAAAACAUUGGUACUUUGUGGUCCGCCAGGUUCUGGAAAAACAAUGACUCUUCUUUCUGCGCUUCGUUCAUUGCAGGAUAUGGAUGUUGUAAACGUCAACUUUUCUUCAUCCACCACUCCUGAGUUAUUGAUGCGCACAUUUGAUCAUUACUGUGAAUAUCGCCGCACACCGAACGGUGUAGUUCUCUCUCCAGUACAAAUUUCGAGAUGGCUGGUUAUAUUCUGCGAUGAAAUUAAUUUACCAUUACCUGACAAGUAUGGUACACAACGUGUUAUCUCAUUUUUGCGCCAGCUGGUCGAAAUGAAUGGGUUUUACCGUGUAUCCGACCAAACAUGGGUGUCUUUGGAACGUAUCCAGUUUGUUGGUGCUUGCAAUCCGCCUACUGAUCCUGGAAGACAUCCACUUUCGUUACGUUUCUUGCGCCAUGUUCCAGUGGUAUACGUCGAUUAUCCUGGACAAACAUCACUUCUGCAAAUUUAUGGAACUUUCAAUCGGGCAAUGUUGCGUAUGGCUCCUUCGGUGCGCAGCUUUGCGGAUCCACUGACAAAUGCGAUGGUUGAUUUCUAUCUCCAAUCGCAGGAACAUUUUACACAAGAUGAACAACCCCACUAUAUUUACUCCCCUCGAGAAUUAACGCGAUGGGUACGAGCUAUCAGUGAAGCGAUCACACCACUUGAUAGCGUUAAUCCAGAGGCGCUUGUCAGAUUGUGGGCACACGAAGCGUUACGUCUUUUUCAAGACCGUCUUGUUCGUGAUGAUGAACGUGAGUGGACAGAUCACUUACUUGAUACCAUUGCUGAAAAGUACUUUGGCACUUCUUGCGAUCUAAAGCAGGCUUUGGAAAGACCUAUGCUUUAUUCAUGUUGGUUAACGAAACAUUAUUUACCGGUGUCGAAAGAACAAUUGAAGGAAUAUGUUGCCGCUCGUUUGAGAAGUUUUUAUGAAGAAGAGCUUGAUGUUCAGUUAGUGUUGUUCGAUCAAAUGCUUGAUCAUGUAUUACGUAUUGAUCGUAUUUAUCGACAACCACAGGGUCAUCUUCUGUUGAUUGGUACUUCUGGUUCAGGCAAAACAACAUUGUCCAGAUUCGUGGCCUGGAUCAAUGGAUUGUCUGUCUUUCAGUUGAAAGUUCAUUCAAAGUAUACAGCCACUGAUUUUGAUGAGGAUAUACGAACAGUUCUACGUCGUACCGGUUGUCGUAAUGAGAAAGUGUGCUUCAUUAUGGAUGAAUCAAAUAUGCUUGAUACCGGUUUUCUAGAACGUUUGAACACCCUACUUGCCAAUGGCGAAGUACCAGGUUUAUUCGAAGGUGAUGAUUAUACAACGCUUAUGAGCCAAAUUAAGGAGGACGCUCAUCGUCAAGGACUCAUGCUUGAUUCACCUGACGAAUUAUACAAGUGGUUUACAGCACAAGUAAUGCGAAAUCUUCACGUAGUAUUUACAAUGAAUCCCUCUGGUGAAGGGCUUCGAGAACGGUCCUCAACUUCUCCGGCUUUGUUUAACCGAUGUGUCCUGAAUUGGUUUGGUGAUUGGACAGAUUCUGCACUUUAUCAGGUUGGUAUGGAAUUGACAAAUACGCUUGAUAUGGCUCUCCCGGAGUAUCAAGCACCACUUACUCUUCCAGCAGUAUGCGACCUUCUCCCAUCGCCAAUACAGUAUCGUCAUGCUGUUAUCAACACUUUCGUUCAUGUUCAUAAUUCAGUGAGGAAGUUGAACGAGAAUGAAGCGAAACGCGGCCACCGAGUAGUGGCAUUAACUCCAAGGCAUUUUCUCGACUUCAUUAAACACUAUAUCAACGUUUUUCAUGAGAAGCGGCGUGAUUUAGAAGAAGAAAAAUUGCACCUAAAUAUUGGUCUAAGCAAGAUCAGAGAAACCGAAGAACAGGUUUUGGAAUUGCAAAAAUCAUUAACGCUGAAGAGCAGUGAAUUGGAAACGAAAAAAGCUGCAGCUAAUGCUAAACUGAAAGAGAUGCUUGCUGACCAACAACGUGCAGAAAAGGAGAAAUUGGCCAGUGAGCAGUUGCAAAAAGAGCUUGCUGAGUCACUUGUUCAAAUUGAAAAGAAGCGUACAGAGGUACAAGAAGAUCUGGCGCAGGUCGAGCCAGCUGUGGAAGAGGCAAAACAAGCCGUGAAAGGCAUCAAAAAAGGUCAACUUAUCGAAGUUCGUUCGAUGGCUGCACCGCCACAGCCUGUGCGCUUAGCUCUUGAAUCAAUAUGUUUGCUUCUUGGAGAGAAUGUUGGCAUGGAUUGGAAGGCUAUACGUGGUGUUAUGGUGAAGGAUGAUUUCAUGCCACGAAUUCUCAAUUUCGACACUGAUAGCAUUUCUGCUGAAACUCUGAAGAUAAUGGAGAAGUAUAUUCGUAAUCCUGACUGGGACUUUGAUAAGGUAAAUCGCGCCUCAUCAGCUUGCGGUCCAAUGAUUAAGUGGAUGAAAGCACAGCUUCUUUAUUCGGAUAUGCUGCGAAAAGUGGAGCCACUGAGAAACGAGUUGGAACGAUUAGAAAAAGACGCAAAAGUCAAAACAGCAAAAGGCGAAGAUUUGAAAAAAACAAUUGCAAAAUUAGAACAGAGUAUUGCUGCAUACAAAGAAGAAUAUGCACAGUUGAUCGGUCAGGCAGAAGCAAUUAAGGCAGAUUUAGCAACUGUCAAGGAAAAGGUUGGUCGUAGCACGCAGCUUUUGGGAAGUCUUGGCUCCGAAAGAGAUCGAUGGAAUGGUAGUUGCGAUGGUUUCAGUCAGCAGAUGGAUUCGCUUAUUGGUGAUGCAUUACUAAGCGCUGCAUUUUUAGCUUAUUCUGGCUACUACGAUCAACAAUUGCGCGAUCUUCUUCUUCAACGCUGGACAGCUUUUGUUGAACAAGCGGAAAUAAAGCAUCGCUCGGAUUUGGCCCGCGUGGAGUAUCUUUCAUCAGUUGAUGAACGUCUUGAAUGGAAUAAAAAUGGUUUGCCGGUUGAUGAUCUCUGUGCGGAGAACGCAAUUAUGCUUCAUAGAUUCAAUCGUUAUCCACUUAUCAUUGAUCCAUCAGGACAAGCAAUUAAUUAUUUGAUGAAACAAUUCGCGGGAAAGAAUAUCACAAAAACAAGCUUCCUGGAUGAUUCGUUCAGGAAAAAUCUGGAAUCAGCAUUACGAUUUGGAAACUCUCUUCUCGUUCAAGAUGUCGAAAGUUAUGAUCCAAUCUUGAAUCCAGUUUUGAAUCGUGAAGUGAAAAGAACAGGCGGUCGUAUUUUGAUUAGACUGGGUGAUCAGGAUAUCGACUUGUCUCCAUCGUUCCAAAUAUUUUUAAUUACGCGAGAUGCUUCGGCUGAAUUUGCACCAGAUCUAUGUUCAAGAGUGACAUUUGUUAAUUUCACGGUGACACGGGCAUCACUUGAGAUGCAGUGCUUAAAUCAGGUAUUAAGAAGUGAACGACCGGAUGUGGAUGAAAAACGCAAUGAUUUGCUGAAACUGCAAGGAGAAUUCGCUGUACGAUUAAGGCAACUGGAAAAGGCACUUCUGGCAGCACUUAACGAAAGUAAGGGUAAAAUAUUGGACGAUGAUUCUGUUAUAUCUACUCUUGAGAAAUUGAAGAAUGAAGCCGCUGAAGUUGGUCGUAAAGCAGCUGAGACAAAUAAAGUUAUAGCGGAAGUAGAAACCGUAUCUCAACAUUAUUUACGUCUGGCGCAAGCAUGUUCGCUGAUAUAUCUGAUGCUUCAACAGCUUAACGAAGUUCACUUUCUUUACCAGUAUUCACUGGAGUUUCUGCUUGAAAUAUUUAUGGCAGUGUUGGUCACACCACAGCUUAAGUCCGUUACUGAUUAUGAACAGAGACUUAAAAUCAUAAUGUCGAACUUGUUCCAGAUGGUUUAUCGACGCGUUUCUUUGGGUAUGUUACACCAAGAUAAAGUUUUGUUGGCAUUGUUGCUUAUGCGUAUUGUGUUGAAAGGGAACAGCAAUGAACGUUCAUACCAGUUAGAGAUAGAUCAUUUACUUGGUCGCUCAGAGAUUUUCACUGGCCAAAAAGAAGCAGAGGGUGUCGAGCCAUUGCACGGCUUCAAUGCACAACAAAUGGCAUCAUUAUUUCAGUUAUCUCGUUUACCUGCUUUUACCGAUAUUGUUAAGAAAGUUACUUCUACUAUAGACUUUGGAAAUUGGAUCAUGCUUGAUAAUCCAGAACUGAAUGUGCCGAUAAUUUGGAACGAUGACGAUAAAUUGACGAAAAUUGGGCGUUGCAUCAAUGAACUGCUCGUAAUUCAUGCCAUUCGACCAGAUCGCCUCUUGGCCUCUUCUCAUCGUCUUGUUGCUGCAGUGUUCGGUGAUGAAUUCAUGCAAGAAGACAAAGUUGUGAAUCUGCGUGAAAUUGUUGAAAACGAAGUUAACGCGAACCGUCCAAUUUUGCUAUCUUCUGCUAUUGGUUUCGAUGCAUCUGGUAAAGUUGAAGAUUUAGCUGUCGAAAUGGGCCGUGAAGUUACUCCAAUUGCAAUUGGUUCUGCGGAGGGUUUUUCUCAGGCCGAUACUACGCUAAAUUCGGCUUCUAAGUCAGGAAGAUGGAUUUUGUUGAAAAACGUGCAUUUAGCACCAUCCUGGUUGGCUCAACUGGAAAAACGUUUACAUUCCCUGAAACCACAUCCACAAUUCCGUUUACUAUUGACUGCUGAAAUUCACCCUAAGCUGCCACCACAGGUGUUGCGUGCAUCACGUGUUGUUGUAUAUGAACCGGCCACUGGUCUCAAAGCGAAUUUGCUUCGUUCAUUGAGCUCACUUGCACCACAACGAAUCACGAAACCUCCGGUUGAACGAUCACGUUUAUACUUUCUUGUAUGCUGGUUGCAUGCGAUUGUGCAAGAGAGAAUGCGUUAUAUUCCACUUGGAUGGGCGAAUUCAUAUGAGUUCUCUGAUUCUGAUUUACGUGUGGCUUGUGAUACGUUAGAUGCAUCAGUUGAUGCAGUCGCUAUGGGACGUGCAAAUGUUUCGCCUGAGAAAUUGCCGUGGCAUACACUUCGAUGCUUGUUAUCACAGUGCAUUUACGGUGGCAAAAUUGAUAAUGGAUUUGACCAAAUGUUGCUUGAUUGUUUCCUUGAGAAGCUUUUCACAGCUAAAUCUUUUGAUGCCGAUCGUGUUCUUAUCAGUAAUAUUGAUGGCAAAGGAACUGAUUUCUGCAUACCGGAUGGGAAUUCGCGUGAACAUCUCAUUUAUUGGGUUGAAAAAAUGCACUAUUUACAGUUACCAUAUUGGCUUGGUUUACCAAAUAAUGCUGAGAAAGUAUUGCUUACAGUAAGAGGUGAAACUAUGCUUACUAAUCUGCUCAAAGUAUCCGAUGACGAGUUGGCUUUUACUGGUGACGAUCAGAAAACUCAAUCUCCACCGUGGAUGAGUGUUCUUGCUGAACAAAGCUCUCAGUGGCUUAAGUUGCUUCCAACGAAUAUCCCCAAAUUAAAGCGUUCAAUGGAAAACAUUAAAGACCCACUCUUUCGCUUUUUUGAACGAGAAGUUAUUCAUGGCACUCAUUUGCUUGCAAGUGUUAGAAAUGAUUUGGUAGAGGUACAAUCAGUUUGUAGAGGCGAACGAAAACAGAGCAACCAUACUCGCGCAUUAACACUAGCACUGAAUAAGGGUCUCGUACCAUCUGAUUGGUUACGCUAUACCGUUCCAAAAGUCGUUACUGUUAUGGCAUGGAUUCAUGAUUUUGCUGAAAGAGCGAAGCAGCUUAUAAGAUUAGCUGGAUCUGCUUCAUUGAAGAAAGAAAGCAUUUGGUUAGGUGGAUUGUUUGCACCAGAAGCAUACAUUACUGCUACAAGACAGACAGUGGCACAGUCGAAUCAGUGGUCUUUAGAAGAAUUACGUAUGCAUAUUGAAAUAGGCACAAUGGACGAUCGUCCUGACACAUUCAGAGUGGAAGGUCUUCGAUUAAUGGGUGCAGCGUGCAAGGAAAAAAAUAAACUGGAGAUUGUGGAUGAGGUCAGUACGGAUUUAGAAAAUGUUACACUGUCAUGGUUCCGCGAGGCAAGUUCCCCGAGCAGCAUUACCCUCCCUGUUUAUUUGUAUCGCGACCGUAAGAAUUUACUGUUUACUCUUGAUUUCGACCCGGGUGAAGUCCAGAAAACAUGCCUGUACGAAAGAAGCAUUGCCCUCACAUCAAAUAGUUCACUUUCCUAA